AUGGCAUUUGGAGCUUCAGGCGGUCGCGGCGGAUUUGCUGGGCGAGGCGGGGGACGCGGUGGGGCUCGUGGUGCCCCAAGAGGAGGUAGGGGGGGUGGCAGAGGUGGUGCAAUGAGAGGCGGAGGAAUUGCCAAGCGCGGUGGAGAUAGAGGACGAGGAGGUGGACGAGGGGCUCGAGGUGGUGGUCGCGGAGGCAGAGGCGGCGCAAGGGGGGGUGCUAACGUCGUGCUGGAGCCCCACAGACAUCCUGGGAUCUUCAUCGCGAAAGGCAAGGACAGUAUGCUGGUGACGAAGAACCUCGUUCCUGGAGAGGCAGUUUAUGGCGAGAAGCGGAUAUCAAUUGAUGGUGGUGUCGAAGGGACGAAGGUCGAAUAUCGCGUUUGGAAUCCGUUCCGCAGUAAGCUGGCAGCUGGUGUCCUGAAUGGACUGGACCAGUUCUACAUUGGUCCCGGCAAGAAAGUCUUGUAUUUGGGCGCCGCCAGCGGAACCAGUGUCAGCCAUGUAGCGGACAUUGUUGGACCGGAGGGCAUUGUCUAUGCAGUAGAAUUCUCUCCUCGAUCAGGUCGUGACCUUAUCAACAUGGCGAAAAAGCGAACGAAUGUCAUUCCUAUUGUCGAAGAUGCUCGCAUGCCUCAGAAAUAUCGGAUGCUUCUAUCGUCGGUCGACGUCGUUUUUGCCGAUGUUGCCCAACCUGACCAAGCACGGAUUAUCGCCCUCAAUGCCGAAUACUUUUUGAAAAAUGGGGGCCAUGUCGUCAUUUCCAUCAAAGCAAGCUGUAUCGACUCUACUGCGCCUCCUAGUGUUGUCUUUGCCCGGGAAGUACAAUUCCUCAAAGAAAACAAGUUAAAACCGCUAGAACAGGUCACACUGGAACCUUAUGAACGUGAUCAUGCAAUGGUGUCAGGUGGGGUCCCUUCUCUUCAAUUUUCUGCGUCUUUCUAA